AUGGAUUACUUCUCCAAGUCUACGCCAAUAGCGAAGAGAACACGGUCUAAAGAAGCCAUAUACUACAAACAAGUGCAUGCAGAGAUUAUUAAGAGAAAAAAUAGAGCAAAUGGUACUAGUACUAAUGGUAACAAAAAGAAAAAGGAUAAUGGCUUGGAAGGUGGUGUGAGUUCUGCUACUGCUAUUCCUAGUCCUAGUAGUAGGGGAGGAAAGGAUUUUCGUACCAACAACAAUAAAAAAUUAGGAGGUGACGGUGGUGGUGGGAGGUCUGCUACUAGUCGUGAUGGUAAGGGUGCACAAAAAGACAUUGUACAAAUGAGAAAAGAGGAUAGAUUAGGGAAACCCACCUUCUUACGUUCCUACGGAUUUAUAUUGCAGGUUAUUUACAAAGUUUUGGCAGAUAUAGCUUCAAAGUUUUCCUCAGAUCCUAAAGGUCAAUAUGGUGAAGAUACUGAUGAUGGUGUUGCUCUUCCGGAAAAAUGGGCUACUAAUGACAAUAUUCAAGUUGAAAAGGAACGAGUUUUCAUUGAUGUGGAUAAGGAGGACGAGGACGAGGAGGAGGAGGAGAUUAGGGCGAAAGGAUACAAGCGAAAGAGAGCUAAGGUUGUUAAGGAGUUUAAGAAGCAGUCUUCAGUUUACAAGAUGCCUGCAAUGGAGAUGGUGUCAGAAUCUAGCUCAGACAAAGAUGAGGCGGAAGAGGAAACAGAAGAGAUCACUAACCAGUUUCUUGAAGAGAUAGGCGUGGGUAUUGCUCCACAGUUAUCCUCAAUUCUUAAAGGUGGGUUACCAUCCAAGAAAGGUAUGAGCUGGAAGUGUACACAAGCUUCAAAGAACAAUUCCCUUUUGAAUCUCUUUCUGAAUACAAUUUGGGGAAAAGGCGAGGCUGGUAAAAAAGAAACUGAUCCUGCCGAAACAUUGAUCCAAUACAAAUUCUCUUAUGGUGUUGAGAAAUCUGUGCCCAAGGAGAAGUCAGAUUAUGAGAAAGAAAUGGAUCGGCUUUGGGAUGAGUUUGAAUUUGCGCUCAGAUCUUCCGAGGAUGGUACCUAUGCUGCUACCAUAGAAGAUAAUGAGCAACAAGCUGAAACUGACCCGCAUACUUCCUGCGGUUUAGGGAACCAUGAAUUCAUUAUCGACGAAGAAAUCGGGAUUAGAUGCAUGUUUUGCUAUUACGUGAAGUUGGACAUUAAAUUUAUAUUGCCAGCCUUUGGCACAUCAGGUGCUAGAGGAAGACUGAGCAGGAGAAUGUCUGUUGAUGAUGAGCAUUUCCCUAUGAUCGAUAGCUUUCUGCAUCACGGAACAGGUGGUAAUCAGGGUUCAGAUCUGCGUGGUACAGGAACAGUUUGGGAUAAGUUGGAUAAGUUCCCUUGGAUAAGAGGAAAUCUGUAUCCUCAUCAGAUAGAAGGUUUUGAGUUUUUGUGGAGAAACUUAGCCGGAGGAAUUGCACUUGAUGUGAAAAACAUGAAUGCUUCUGACGAUGUUGGUGGAUGUAUUAUUUCUCAUGCCCCUGGAACUGGGAAGACUUUGCUGACUAUUGCCUUCCUCCGAACGUUCAUGGACACAUUCAAGUGUUGCAGACCCCUUCUUAUUGCCCCAAGCAACAUGCUUCUUACAUGGGAGGAAGAAUUUAAAAAAUGGAAGGUGGACAUUUCUUUUCACAAUCUUAGUUCUGGGAAACUCUCAGGUAAGGAAGACUGUGCAGCUCAAAAAUUGGCUCAGAAAGAAAGAAGCAUUUGGUGGAAUCGUCUUGCAAAGAUUGUUUCUUGGAGUCAAGGGAACAGUAUCUUAGCAGUUAGCUAUCGACUAUUUGAAAAACUUGCUGCAGAAGAACUUGGGGGAAACAAUGAAGAGAUUCUUGGUUUUAAGGCAAAGAUCAGGAAGAUUAUACUUGAAAGGCCAAAUUUAAUAAUUCUCGAUGAAGGACAUACCCCCAGGAACAAAAACAGCAAAAUUUACAAGUGUUUGAAGAAUGUUAAAACGGAACGGCGCAUAAUUCUUUCAGGCACUCUUUUUCAGAAUAAUUUUGAUGAGCUUUACACCACAUUGUGGUUGGUAAGGCCAAAAUUUGCUGAUACAAUCUCGAACGAAAGAGAUAAAAAUUGUGGAGCACUAUCAAGAGGGAAUUGGGUUUCUUUAACCAGUUCUAUCGGAAGAAGCUCUGACGAUCAACAGCUGGAAAAGAUACAGAAAAUGAUGAAGCCUUUUGUGCAUAUUCACAAAGGAAGCAUAUUGCAGAAAAAACUUCCUGGAUUGAGAGAAUGUGUAGUUGUCUUGCAUCCAUCGCCUUUGCAGAGGAAAUUUCUCAAAAAAGUUCGAGAAGGCAUAAACAAUUCAUUUGAAUUUGACCAUGCAGUAGCAAUAGUUUCUGUUCAUCCCUCCUUGUUGACUAGGUGCAGUGUGGCGAAACAAUCAGGACAGGUAAACUCCUUUGUGACUAAACUCAUUGAUGAAAAUCAGCAGAUCAAAGACGAAGGCUUCCGGCUGAAUUACAAUGAAGGAGCCAAAACAAAAUUUCUUAUGCAACUCAUAAGGCUCAGUGAAGCUAUGAAUGAGAAAGUUCUGGUAUUCAGUCAAUACCUUGAUCCUAAUUCCCUUGUUUGUGAUCAUCUCUGCUCUGCUUUGGGUUGGAGAAUGGGGGAAGAGAUACUUAGGAUGGAAGGGACACUUGAUGUUAAUAAAAGACAGUCGCUGAUUCAUCGAUUCAAUGAUCCCAAUAGUCGAGCUAAGGUAAUGCUUGCAUCCUUGAAGGCUUGUGGAGAGGGUAUAUGUCUUACCGGUGCUUCAAGAAUUGUUCUGCUAGAUGUUGUCUGGAACCCAUCAGUAUACAAGCAAGCUAUAAGCAGAGCACAUAGGUUGGGCCAGAAAAAGGUUGUAUAUACUUAUCAUCUCAUUGCUUCAAGGACACCGGAAGAAGAUAAGUUCCGUGUACAAACUCGAAAAGAUCACUUGUCUCAGUUGGUCUUCUCCAUGGAGCAUGGGAAGAUUGGAAACCCGGACAACCGAUCCUCCAAAUACUCAGAUGAAAUUCUACAAUCAAUGAUGCAAAAUAAGAAGUUUAAGGACAUGUUCGACAAGAUAAUACCAAGAGAGUCGACCCUGCUUGAGACAUUGUGA